AUGCUCUCCGCAUCUUUCGCGUCUAAUGCAUUCGGCGAAAGCGACAUAUCCGACCCAACGACACGCGCCGAGUUCGCUCUUUCUGCACUUCAAAUCUUCUAUAAUGCUGGCACCGGCCUGUGGAGUACAACUGGAUGGUGGAACUCUGCGAACGUUCUCACUAUUGUAGCAAACCUUGCAAAGGUCGAUGACAGCCCACAACUACAGAGCUUAGCAUCUCGACUAUUUGCGAAUACGCUAGUGCAGGCACCACCUCAAAACCCACAACCAGGCGUGGAAGGAAACCGCAACAAGAAGAGGGGAGAUAUCAACGAAACAUUAGUAAUAUUCAAUUCUACUGGGGUGGGAUCGGGAUACAACAAGAUAAUGGACAACGAGGACGAACUAGUCACGGUGUACCCAGAAGGCUGGAAUAAACCCACUGGUGCUUACAUCGAUGUAAUGCAGCUGCCAAUCUACAAAACCGGAGAAAGAGCGAAAACAUCGGCCGCGGACGUGAAUGACUGGCUCGAUGGUUUCUACGACGAUGACCUUUGGUGGGCGCUGGGCUGGAUCGCUGCCUACGAUGUAACACAAGACAAGGAAUACCUCACACUAGCCGAAAGCAUCUUUGCAGCUGUCGCAACAACGUGGGGUACCAAUUGUGGGAAUGGAGGCAUCUACUGGAGCUGGCAGAAGGAUUACGUCAACGCGAUUCCAAACGAACUGUUCUUGUCGACUGCUGCGCACCUCGCGAAUCGCGCAGAUGAUAAGGCGAGCUACGUAGCGUGGGCGAAGAAAGAGCUUAACUGGUUUACUGCCAGCGGUAUGAUAAACUCGCGUGGUACGAUAAACGACGGCCUGACCAGCGAUUGCAAGAACAACAAUAUGACAACAUGGUCUUACAACCAGGGCGUCAUUCUCGGCGGGCUUGUCGAACUAAACCGUGCCUCCCCGGACAAGUCUUAUCUCGCUCUCGCAGCCAAGAUCGCCAAAGCUGCUAUUGCUGAGCUCUCCGAUAGCAGUGGAAUUCUCCACGAUAAAUGCGGUCCUUACUGUGGCGCCGACGGCUCCCAGUUCAAGGGCAUCUUUGUUCGAAACCUGCAACUGCUGCACGAGGCGGCCCCUGAUGACGCGUACGUGAAGUUUAUCCAAACCAACGCGAACAGUGUUUGGAUGAACAAUAGAGACGAUGGAAACAUGUUGAGUAUCGACUGGGCGGGACCAUUCAUCAAUCCGGCGAAUGCAAGCACGCACUCGAGCGCAAUGGAAGCACUCAUAGCUGCCAUCACAGUGAAAUAG